CUCCUCCUCCUCCUCCUCCUCCUCGCCCGUCCCCUGCCUCCCCCUCCCCGCGCGUGUUUGUGGGUUGGGGACUGAGCAAGGAGGGGCAAACGCCUCGGCUGCUGUCGCUUCUGCCCAGCUGCGCCUGCCUCUCCGCCGCGUUGCCUGUGUGGCCUCGCCGCACGGAGUCCCUGCCCCGGCAGCCUCGCUAGAGCAGGGCGACCGACCGACCGACCGCCGUCCCGCCUGCAGAGAGCUAGCUAGCCCGCCUGCCCGCCCUCCCCGCUCUCUGGGCGCCCCUUCUUUCCCAUCCUCGGGGCGAGGGGCAGCGGAGAGGCCGCCGCCGCCGCCGCCGCGGCGCCUUUUCCUCCAUGGGCAGCUUGCUGAGCGGGGUCAGCUUCAAGGAGCCCACCACGGUGGAGGACUGCGACUCCACCUGGGAGACGGACUCCGAGCCCGAGCUCCAGGUAGACCCUGGCGGGGAGGAAGAGGAGGAGGAAGGGGAAGGAGGAGGAGAAGGGCCACAGCUCGAGGAUGCAGGGGGCGGCGGCGGCGGCGAAGACGACGACGCAGACACCCCGGCUGAGGACGAGCAGAAGCCGCGAGAGGAACCGCUCCCUGCGGCAACCUGCCGGCCGGAAGAUGCGGAGCCCCGAGAAGGGGCUGCUGAAGGGGAGAAGGAGGCAGGGGACGAGCCGAUGGGAGAAGAGGCGGACCCCGAAGGGCCGGGCGCCGAAGAAGCCGAGGCCACCAGCACCGAGCAGGGCGAUGAUGCCAUUGAAGUGGCAACUAAGCCAAAGAGAAGUUUUUAUGCUGCAAGAGAUCUGUACAAAUAUCGGCACCAAUAUCCACAGAACUUUAAAGAUCUGAGAUACCAGAAUGACUUGUGCAACCUCCGCUUUUACAAGAAUAAAAUUCCUUUUAAACCUGAUGGUGUUUAUAUUGAAGAAGUCCUAAAUAAGUGGAAAGGAGACUAUGAAAAAUUGGAGCACAAUCACACUUAUAUACAGUGGCUUUUCCCACUCAGAGAACAAGGCUUGAAUUUCUAUGCAAAGGAAUUAACAACGUAUGAAAUUGAGGAAUUCAAAAAAACAAAGGAAGCAAUCAGAAGAUUCCUGUUGGCUUAUAAAAUGAUGUUAGAGUUUUUUGGAAUUAAAUUAACAGAUAAAAAUGGGAACGUAGCACGAGCUUCUAACUGGCAAGAAAGAUUCCAACACCUGAAUGAGUCCCAGCAUAACUACUUGAGAAUCACCCGUAUUCUGAAGAGUCUUGGUGAACUUGGAUAUGAGAGUUUCAAACCUCAUCUGGUAAAAUUUAUUCUUCACGAGGCUCUUGUAGAAGACACCAUCCCCAAUAUUAAGCAAAGCGCUUUGGAAUACUUUGUAUAUACCAUUAGAGACCGAAGAGAGAGGAGGAAACUUCUGCGAUUUGCCCAGCAGCACUACACACCCUCUGACCACUUUAUAUGGGGACCGCCAAGGAAACAAAAAACAGAGGGAAGCAGAUCAAGUAAGAAGCUGGCAUCACCAGUUUCUCUUCGCACCAGCUCUGCUUCUAAACAUAAAAAGGCAAGAGACUGCAAGAAUGUUUCCGCAGUUUGUAACUCAAGUGGUAAAGCAUCGGAUGAGAAAAGGGCAGAACAUGCUAAAAACGAUGAAGACUGUGAUCCGAGCAGGAAAUGCGCCAGCCCAGCAAUGGCUAAGCAGAGCCAUGGUGAAAGGAACAAUGAUGCUGAAUGUAACAGUCCCAAAGUGGAAGAACCUGUUCAUCCAUUGAACCAGAAAGAGAAUAAUUCUUGUUCCAAAAAACUUAAAGGCAAAAAUGAUGAACCUCUUAGCCAAGACUGUAAAAAUUCUGAAGCUGUAGAAAAAGAUUCCUGUGACAGUAAAAACGAUUCCACCAAUAUAUUGGGAAAUCUACAGGACAAAGUAGUUUCUUCUGCCUCUUCUUUUGAUGGUAAACUUUCUGUACUGCCUGGAUUCUCAAGAAUCCAGGGUCAGAUUGUCACUUCAGCAGAUAAUCACUUGGAACCAUCUUUUCAAAGCCUGCAGUUGUUGGAAUGUCAGAAGCAGCAUGUACCUUCAUCCGGACAUACAGAAGGGAUCUAUGAGAGUUAGGCUCAUGUCUUAACUUCAGUCUUGUGUCAGAUGGAGCAGCAAGUUUAGUUUCUCUCAGCUUCAGCUUCCCAUUCAAGAAAUGGGAACAACAAUGUACUUCCCGGAGUUACUGUAAGAAUGAAGUAAAACACAGCUAGCAGACCACUUUUAAAAUUUAAAAGUGCUAUAUAAUUCCUAUUGCAAGAGUUACACACCAACACUUAUUAUUCCAGCUUGCUCGUACUACUUGUUGCCUCUUUGCAUGCUUGCUUUCUUCUCUUUCCAGAAAACAUGGGGUCACCUUCCCUAUAGGGCAAGGUAAAGUGAAUAACUAUUGGGGGAGGGAAAUCCAAGUCAGGGUUUCCCAUUGACCACCCCCAUGGGUCAGAUAUUGGGUGGAAAUAAAACACAUCAGAAAAAUAAGUAAGAAAUGCUUCUUGUAGAAGAUUAUUAUUUACAAUUUACUGCUAAAUUUAUGUAGCAGACUGUGAACACCACAUUAAAAUAAAAUUCUCUUGCUUGUUUAAAAGGGGGAUUCCCAGUUUGUUGCCAAAAAAAGCAGCAGCAGAGUUUGCCACCAUGUUUGGCAGAUUUAGUUGGUGGGGGCAUGUAGUCCAACCUGAGUAGGGGAAUGAAGGAUAUAGGGGAGGAAAUAUCAAGACAGCAUGAGUCUAAAAGUUGACAGUUGCCAGAACCAGCACGUACUCUUAAAAGAUACAAGGCUUCUCUGAGUCUGUAUACAUGAGUUCAUACAAAAGCUGUAACUAUCAGAAUCUUUGCACUGGGUGCAAAGACUAAAGGCAAUCACAAAGAGUAGCCCCUUUGUCUUCAAGGCACACCUACCUCUACUCCAUAAAAUUCUGCUUCCUGUUCCCUCUCCUGCCAGCAGGAGAUUGAGGCAGCGGAGUUUGUUUAGAUUUCUAUCCUGCCCUCCUCUUUUAUCAUGAAUGGUUGGAAGGAGCAGCAGACCAUGAUCUGAGCAACAAGAGAACCUUACUUUGACCCUAGAUCAUUGGUAGUUGGUGGAACCAAAGAGAAAGUAGCUUCCUGCCACAAAAUAUCUGUGGUUCUGAUCUGAAAGGUAUGUAUUUGCAUAGCUUUACAGCUCCCUCCCCCCGCGGUAGAUGACACAGAAACUAAGUACAUGAGCAUAGCCUUUUCUUUUCAAUUUUCUUUCACCUCCUUAUCACCACUGGUUCUGCAGGUAUGUCAGCUGUAGAUAGGCAGGCAGAAAUGUGUAGAAAUGUACACAAAAAUGACAUAUUAAAAUACAUUUGGACUGGACCAUCUGUGUUGCUGCUUCCAGGCCUUUUCUAAAUAAGAGCUUUGCAGCUUUACAAGUGUUCAGAUUUGACUUUCUUCUUGUUGAUGCCAAAGCUAUAAUUGAAAGUCCAGUUCUGUCUUUCAGAUUCACUUUAACAGAUGUCUCGCAGUCCUAUGAAUGUGGAGGGAAUGAUGUGUUUGUGUGUGUGCUUGUGAAGGAGAUGAGGUCUGCACUGCUAAGAGGCAGCUCCAGAUGCAGUAUGUGAGGGCAUUCAAUUCCCUAAGCACCCCUCUUUUUGAAAUCAAAGAGCUCUUUACUUAAUGACCCUGCCUAGUACUCUGUGUUUGAAAUGGCUUCUCUUCAGCCUGAGCAUGCAGCAAACUAGCAAAAGGAACUACAUUCCCAUGCCAGAGAUGCUAGCAUGAUUCAAGACACUCUGUAGUAAUGCAAUAUAACAUGGUAUAGCAGGGUGGAUUUGAUUUAAAUUAUGAUUUUUUUGUAAAAAUUAAUUUUUAACAAUUUAAAUAAAAAUAUUUUUA